UCCACGUAAAUAAUGAAUGGUCCCUGAAAAAACACAACCAUCCCUGAAGAAACCCUCGUCUCCUUCCCCGAUUUCGUGCCCGUUGAACAAAGAAACUUCGAAUAUCCCUCGGCCGCGCUCCAGUUCGGUUUGAUUUCUAGGAAAUAAAUGCUCCAGGCGCAGGUGUAUUGCUCUCUGCUCUUUAGUCCUCCACAAGUCAAGUUAGUGAAGGUUGGUAGCAGCUCUAGCUCAUGGCUGAUCCAAUACCGUAGUGCUCAGAGGCUACCCAAGGAGGUUUCUGUCAAGGCCUUGAAAGAUGGGGCAGGUGGGGAAACGAGCGGCUUCCGCAGGCAGAGUUGGGAUCCCGGGUCAGAAAUUGAGGUUCCUUUUGAGCAAAGGCCGGUGAAUGAGUACUCGUCUCUUUAGGACGGAGUCUUGUACUCGUGGGGCGAACUGGGACCUAGGGCCUUUUUUACUUCGACUUGGAGGUUUGUGGUUGGUAACUUUCACAACUCUAGGAUUGCCUAUUGCAGCUGCAAGCUUCAAUCCAUCAAGGGUAAGAUAUAGAUAUUGCGCAUUUGGAAGUCAACAUCAGAAAAUAUAUGUGGAUAUGAUGAGAAUCAGUACUGAACAUCCUCCUUGAAGUUGUGCAUGCUCCCAUGGCAAUAACAUCUUUUGCUUGGCCGAUAUCAUAAUAUAUGUGUAGUAGUGUAGAAAGCCAAAAAGAUUAAUGCCCCGGCACCACCAGGUUUCGGAACCGGAAGAGAAUGUUCUCUGUGCUUCCAUGCCUAAGGCUAAGGCUAUACUCAAACGGUCAGCAAAAUCACAUACAGAAUUAUUGACAUGCUACUAAACAAGUUCAAUAGGAAAUAUACAUCUACCCCAGCAAGAGGUAAUUCAUUUGUCUUUCCUUUCUAUGUUCCAACCUUGCAGGACCCUCUAAGAUUUGCGCUAGCGGCUGGAACUGGAACUCUUUUUGUUGUAUCGUUGAUUGUCUUAAGAUUUUAUCUGGUACGGUUUUUAGCUUA